GUCCCCGGAAGCCGCCGAAACUCUGGGGUAGAGUGGCACGCGCUUUUUGCUUUUCCGCGUCUUCUUCGGUGGCGAUCCUCGUCCUAGAAAGGGCGGUGGGCUCCACCUCGGCCUAGAAGGCCAGCGGGAGCCGUAGGAAGCCGUCGCGGGAAGCUCAGCAGAAUUGGAGUUGGAGCCCCCGGAUUGCGCUGACCCUGAGGUUAGUGGAAAAUGCUGUCUGAACGUGGCGGCACUGACUGGACCAAGAGACCACGUCCGAAACGGGAACCUGUGUAAAGGAAGUGUAGAGCUAGGAGCCAAGCGCCUUGGAAGCCCUUUCCGAGGAUGGCAAAGGAUCUGGGAAUGCUUCUCCAAAGAUACGUGGAUGGACGAAAUAGCUCUCAGACUCCCCAGUACAAUGACUCAAGCAGAAAUUAAGCUCUGUUCUUUGUUGCUGCAAGAGCAUUUUGGAGAGAUUGUAGAAAAAAUUGGAGUCCAUCUGAUAAGAACCGGCAGCCAGCCACUAAGAGUAAUUGCCCAUGACACAGGAACAUCACUGGAUCAGGUGAAGAAAGCCUUGUGUGUCCUCGUCCAACAUAACCUGGUGAGUUAUCAAGUGCACAAACGUGGUGUGGUGGAGUAUGAAGCCCAGUGCAGCCGGGUAUUGCGAAUGCUUAGAUAUCCCCGGUACAUCUAUACUACCAAAACUCUGUACAGUGACACUGGAGAGCUGAUUGUUGAGGAGCUUCUGUUGAACGGCAAACUGACAAUGUCAGCUGUUGUGAAGAAAGUGGCAGACCGGCUCACAGAGACCAUGGAGGAUGGCAAGACCAUGGACUAUGCUGAAGUAUCAAACACAUUUGUGCGACUGGCAGACACACACUUUGUACAACGCUGCCCUUCGGUACCUACCACUGAGAAUUCAGACCCUGGGCCACCACCACCUGCCCCCACACUUGUCAUUAAUGAAAAGGACAUGUACCUGGUUCCUAAACUCAGCUUGAUAGGGAAAGGUAAAAGGAGGAGAUCAUCUGAUGAAGAUGCUGCUGGGGAGCCCAAGGCCAAGAGACCAAAAUAUACUACAGAUAACAAGGAGCCCAUUCCAGAUGAUGGGAUUUAUUGGCAGGCCAACCUUGACAGAUUCCACCAACACUUCCGUGACCAAGCCAUUGUGAGCGCAGUUGCUAACAGGAUGGACCAGACAAGCAGCGAGAUUGUGCGAACCAUGCUCCGAAUGAGUGAGAUUACCACUUCCUCUAGUGCUCCCUUCACCCAGCCAUUGUCUUCCAAUGAGAUCUUCAGAUCCCUACCUGUUGGCUAUAACAUCUCUAAGCAAGUUCUUGAUCAGUAUCUCACUCUGCUGGCAGAUGAUCCACUAGAGUUUGUUGGAAAGUCUGGCGACAGUGGUGGAGGAAUGUAUGUCAUCAACCUCCAUAAGGCAUUAGCAUCCCUAGCCACAGCCACUCUGGAGUCCGUCGUACAGGAGAGAUUUGGGUCUCGCUGUGCUAGAAUAUUCCGUCUAGUUUUGCAGAAGAAACACAUAGAGCAGAAGCAAGUGGAAGACUUUGCAAUGAUUCCUGCAAAGGAGGCAAAGGAUAUGCUAUAUAAGAUGCUCUCAGAAAAUUUCAUGUCACUCCAGGAAAUUCCCAAAACACCAGACCAUGCCCCAUCCAGGACCUUCUAUUUAUAUACUGUGAACAUCCUGUCAGCUGCCCGAAUGUUGUUGCACAGGUGCUACAAGAGCAUAGCCAACUUGAUAGAAAGGAGGCAAUUUGAAACCAAAGAGAAUAAGCGUCUACUAGAAAAAUCUCAGAGGGUAGAAGCCAUCAUUGCAUCUAUGCAGGCUACUGGUGCAGAGGAAGCACAGUUACAAGAAAUAGAGGAGAUGAUCACAGCUCCUGAACGUCAGCAGCUAGAGACCCUGAAACGUAAUGUCAACAAGUUGGAUGCCAGUGAGAUCCAGGUGGACGAAACCAUCUUCCUGCUGGAGUCUUACAUUGAGUGCACCAUGAAGAGACAGUGAUCCAGAAGAAGCAUCUUCCUCAGAAGAUCUGGGGGGAUGGAAAGCAAAAUAAAGGAGGUGCCUGGAUGCAUUAUUUGCAGUGGGAUAAGUCGCAGAGUCUUCAACUAAACCCCCCUCUCUAUCCCCUGCAGCCCAGGAUACACCUGAAAGAAUUUGGCAUAUUUAGAUCCAUUGCUGUAGUCUCCCCUCAUCAAAUCUUGGCAGUGGGAAGAACCUUAAAUCAACAAGGUUAAUCAUCUUAUCAGAAGCAUCUGUUCCCAUAAAGAAGUUACCCACACCUAUGGUUACCUAUAUCCCUGGCAAUAGGAAACUUCCUAAGAAGUUAAUUUUAUUUUCA